GGGGGGGGCGGUUAAGGGGAGCUGAUGUUGUGUUGGUCUGGAGGGUCCCUGUGUCCAGGAAGAGGAUAUGAGAAGAGCAGCUUUGCAGGUAGAGCUUCCCAACUGAGUACCAUGUGAAGGUCUGACAGAGCCCCUUGAUUCGUGGGACAGGAGAGACGUCCCUCUUUCAGUCCAGAAGGGGAAAAUUCUUUGAACGUUUUUGUCUGCUUCAGUAGGCUCUUAAAGUAUCAUCUUUACCUGAACCACAGGGGCACGUGCCUGAGCCAGUUUGCCCACUGUGGGGAAAGGAAGUCUCAGGAGGCAUUCCGCGCGCCAUGGAGAAACCGUGGAAGUGUGGGGAUUGCGGGAAAGGAUUCCGCUCCCCCUCCGUGCUGGAGAUCCACCGCCGUGUCCACACUGGGGAGCGGCCCUUCACCUGCUCCGUUUGCGGCAAGGGCUUCACCCAGUCGUCCCACCUGCUGACCCACCAGCGGGUCCACACCGGGGAGAGGCCCUUCACCUGCUCCGUCUGCGGCAAGGUCUUCUCUGACUCGUCCCACCUGCUGUCCCACCAGCGUGUCCACACCGGGGAGCGGCCCUUCACCUGUUCCGUCUGUGGCAAGGGCUUCACCAAGUCGUCCAACCUGUUCUCGCACCAAUGGGUCCACACCGAGGAGAGGCCGUUCAGCUGCUCCGUCUGCGGCAAGGGCUUCUCUCACUCGUCCCACCUGCUGACCCACCAGCGGCUCCACACCGGGGAGAGGCCAUUCACCUGCUCGGUGUGCGGCAAGGGCUUCUCUCACUCGUCCUACCUGCUCAAGCACUGGCAGGUCCACACCGGGGAGCGGCCCUUCACCUGCUCCGACUGCGGCAAGGGCUUCUCUCACUCGUCCCACCUGCUCAAGCACUGGCGGGUCCACACCGGGGAGCGGCCCUUCACCUGCUCCGUCUGCGGCAAGGGCUUCACCCAGUCGUCCCACCUGCUGCGGCACCAGCAGGUCCACACCGGCGAGGGGGCCUUCACCUGCUUCGUCUGCGGCAAGGGCUUCACCCAGUCGUCCACCCUGCUGACCCACCAGCAGGUCCACACCGGGGAGCGGCCCUUCACCUGCUCGUUGUGCGGCAAGGGCUUCACUCGCUCGUCCACCCUGCUGCGGCACCAGCGGGUCCACACCGGGGAGCGGCCCUUCACCUGCUCCCUCUGCGGCAAGGGCUUCACCCAGUCGUCCAACCUGCUGCGGCACCAGCAGGUCCACACCGGCGAGGGGGCCUUCACCUGCCUGGUCUGCGGCAAGGGCUUCCCCCACUCGUCCGGCCUCCAGAUCCACCAGCAGGUCCACACGGGGGAACAUCCUUCCGAUAGACCAGAAGUGCACAUAAUACAGAGGAACUUCGAUUAUCCAGAAUUAGAUGAACCAGCACGGUGGCUCAGUGGUUAGCGCUGCUACCUCACAGUACCAGGGACCCGGGUUUCAUUCCUGCCUCAAGCGACAGACUGUGUGGAGUUUGCACAUUCUCCCCGCGUCUGCGUGGGUUUCCUCCUAGUGCUCCGGUUCCGUCCCACAGUCCAAAGAUGUGCAGGUCAGGGUGAAUUGGCCAUGCUAAAUUGCCCGUCGUGUUAGGUACAUUAGUCAGAGGGAAAUGGGUCUGGGUGGGUUACUCUUCGGAGGCUCAGUGUGGACUGGUUGGGCCUGUUUCCACACUGUAAGGGAUCUAAUCGUCAAGUGACUGAAAUACACCCUGCAUGUGUCCUUUGGAUAAUCGAGGUUCCUGUGUAUUCCAAAAGUGGCCGAAUCAAUGUCCUGUCCAGACCCCAACCCCUAUACUCAGUGCUCUGGCCAAUAAAGUGAUCUGCAGAAUCUGCGGGACUUGCUUAAUCCUGGAAGGUAAAUCACGUGUUUCUCCUUCUCUUGCAGGUGGAUCCAAGAUUUCACUCUCUGUCCCAUUGAGUCUCCAGUCAGGUCCUUCAGCUCAACUGGUCUCUCUCUCUCUAUUUCUGACCCAUGUGAGCCUCUACGCACCUCCCCUUCACUCGCUCACACUUGAUUUCCCUUACAGCAGCAUUCCCUUCAGUUCCUUUCUCCCUGACGUCUGUAUCCAGCUUCUCUUUAAAUGCCGUUCACCUCGACCUGCUACUGUGGGGGUCAUUCCCGCUGCAGACAGAGGUCUCUCCUUUGUAACCUCUUCAAAAGAUUAACCGCUGACUUCCCCCUUCAGUCUUUUCCAUUUCUGGGUCUCCCCGCUGUUGCGAAACUUGGAAGGGUUCAGAAAAGAUUGACAAGGAUGUUGCCAGGGUUGGAGGAUCUGAGCUACAGGGAGAGGCUGAACAGGCUGGGGCUGUUUUCCCUGGAGCGUCGGAGGCUGAGGGAUGACCUUAUAGAGGUUUACAAAAUUAUGACCGGCAUGGAUAGGAUAAAUAGGCAAAGUCUUUUCCCUGGGGUUGGGGAAUCCAGAACUAGAGGGCAUAGGUUUAGGGUGAGAGGGGAAGAUAUAAAAGAGACCUACAGGGCAACGUUUUCAUACAGAAGGUGGUGUGUGUACGGAAUGAGCUGCCAGAGGAUGUGGUGGAGGCUGGUACAAUUGCAACAUUUAAGAGGCAUUUGGAUGGGUAUAUGAAUAGGAAGGGUUUGGAGGGAUAUGGGCCGGGUAUUGGCAGGUGGGACUAGUUUGAGUUGGGAUAUUUGGUCGGUACGGACGGGUUAGACCGAAGGGUCUGUUUCCAUGCUGUACAUCUCUUGACAAAGCCUUGUCUGAGGGUGAAAUGUUGUCAUUCCCGUUGAUGCGGGUGGUCCCCUGUCUGUUGUCCUUUUUGUUUCCUUUCUCGGAAAGGACGUCGCGGACAUGGGCAGCGUUCCCGAGCCCCGCUCCGGAACGGGCUGUUCCGUCCUCUUCCAGCCCCCGGGGGGGGUGGGGGAAGGGGCAGCUUGAGUGUAUUGGGAGAGUGGGCCGUUCACCGGGAAGGUGCCAAUGGGACGGGAGAGCGGUACCGGUAAUGGGGCGAGGGGGAGAUGCCUCAGACCGCCAGAAACACUGGGGCAGCUGCUCGCGUGCUCCUUUUGGAUCUCACAGCACAGGGAGGCCUUUCAUCUGAUUACCUCCCCGUCUCUGGCUCUGUCUCUCUCUCUCUCUGCGUCUGUCUGUCUCUCUGAGGUGACAGCGGAUUCCAGCGUAUUGCUGCUUGCUGGGUAAACCUGUUUUUCCUCUGUUUUCCUCCUCUCUCUCCUGCUCAAACCCCUGACCUUCAGGCCGCCCCUGACCUUGUCACUAUCAGUGAAUAGGGAACAGCUUUUCUUCCUCCACCUUAUCUGAACCUAUCACAAUCUUCCCCACUUUCACCAGUUGUAUCUGUGUGUGACCCUCUCUUUCUGUGUCUCUUUCUCUCCUAAGCCCCCUCCCUCACCACAUCCCAUUUACCCACCCCCUCCUGUCAUGCUCCCACUUUCAAACGGUCUCGUUGUGUUUUCACUGCCUCUUCCCCAUCGUUUCUGUCAAGCACCUCAUCUCACGCUUAGAACCCCUGCAGUGUAGGAGUAGGCCCUUCAGCCCAUCCAAUUCACACCAACCCUCCCUCACCCAGACCUCUGCCCGUAACCCUGCAAUUCCCAUUGGCUAACCCACCUAGCCUACACAUCCCUGGGCACUAUGGGUAAUUUAGCAUGGUCAAUGCCCCCUAACCUGCACAUCCCCAAACACUAUGUAAUUUAGCACGGCCAGUCCACCCAAACCUGCACAUUCCCUGGAUACUAUAGGACAAUUUAGCCUGGCCAAUCCUACACUAAGGGUGGAUUGGCCAUGCUAAAUUACCCAUAGUACCCAGGGAUGUGUAGGUUAGGGUAGAUUGGCCAUGCUAAAUUACCCAAUCCUACAUAUCCCUGGGUACUGUUAGGAUAAAAUAGGUCAAGGGAGGGUGGAGCUAUAGCUGCUGUUUGGGGAAUCGAAACUGUAGCUGUAGCUGCUGAUUGGGAAAUUGAAACUGUUGCUUACGUGGCCAGCUCAGCUGCCAAUGCCCAAAUGAGCUCAAUAACAGGAAACGCCUAGCAAUCGCGAAAUGUCCUAAUAAGGCAAUGCUUAGUAGCUCCGCGAAGCUCUGCUUAGCAAAGAGUAUAGCAGGAGCAGAUUUGGGAGGGGAAGGCAGAACGCGCCUUCUCCAGUG